AUGUGUUACACCUUCUAUAAAGCAGUUUCUACGUCUCCCGGCAACCCUCCCUUAGACUGGCUUCCUAACGUCCCCGAAAUAGAGUUAACGUAUGCAAAGGAGAGGUACCAACUCUCUGUAGACAAGAAGCAGAAGUUAAUAGACAUGUUAUAUCCAGCCCAGUACUGUGGGGAGUGUCACGCCUUCCGUCCCAAUCGGAGUUACCAUUGCAAAAAGUGUGGCAAGUGCAUUUUACGACGUGACCACCACUGUCCAUGGAUUGGUCAGUGUGUUGGUCAGAAGAAUUACAAGUACUUCAUUCUCUUUUUGUGGUAUGCACCUCUUAUGCUCUCUUUGGGCGUUUGUUGGCACGCAAACGGAUUUUGGAGGGAUUUCGUUGAACAACACCACCAAAUGGGGACGUGGUGGGACGAAGUCAAAGCUCCCAUUCGAAUUUUUAGUGGCGUCGUCCAAGGCGCUUUGGUGUUCGGCAUUUUAAUGUUAACAGUGACACACACUUACCAUUUGUGUAUUAACACUACCGGUCAAGAAAUGAUCGAGUUGGCAGGACUUAGGAAAAACAAAGCAACACAAGCAAGAGUCUCGAUGUUCUCAAAAACAGCAAAAGAGAAUAUCAACGAAGUCAUGGGGAAGAGGUGGGUAGACUGGAUAUUACCAACAGUGGUGCCAGGGGAUGGAAUACACUUUGUGAAGAGAGCUGACACGGAUGUGUGA